AUGUCUAUCUUUCAUCUCAUUACCUGCUGUCUUUGCUUUCUUUUGCCUACCUUUUCUUCGGUACCUGAACAUCUGUUUUUCUUUUCACCAAACCACUGCUGCCAUCCCCCUUCAUUCUUCUUGCCCUGUCUCCUUGUCUUGUUGCUCCCAGCCACGUCUUCUUGUUUCCGGUCAUGUCUUCUUGCACCCUGCCAUGUGUUUUUGCUCCCUGUCAUGUCUUUUUUUCUCUCUCCUUGCUACCGGUCAUGUUUCCUUGCUUCUGGCAAUCUUCGUGCUCCCUACCAUGUCUCCUUAGUCCCUGCCUUGUCUCCUUGUCUCUCUUCUUGCUCCUGGCCAUGUUUCCUUACUCCAGGUCAUGACACCUUACUCCCUGCCUUUUCUUGCUCCCUGCCUUGUCUCCUUGGCCUGUGCCCUGUUUCCUUGUCUGUCUCCUUGAUUCUGGUCAUGUUUCCUUGCUCCUGGCCGUGUCUCUUUGCUCCUGACCACUUCUCCUUGCUUCCUGCCAUGUGUUCUUGCUCCCUGUCAUGUCUCUUUGUCUCUCUCCUUGCUACCGGUCAUUCACUGCCCUGUCUCCUUGUCUCUCUUCUUGCUCCUGAGCCUGUCUCCUUGCUCCUGACCAUGUCUCCUUGUUCCCUGCCUUGUCUACUUGGUCCCUAUCAUGUCUCCUUGGUCUGUGCCCUGUCUCCUUGUCUCUCUCCUUGCUUCUGCCCAUGUCUCUUUGCUCCUGGACAUAUCUCCUUGCUCCCUACUAUGUCUCCUUGCUUUUGUCCAUGUUUCCUUGCUUUCAGAAAUCACCUUGCUCCUGGCCUUGUCUCCUUAGUCACUGCCCUGUCUCCUUGUCUCUCUUCUUGCUCCUGA